AAUGCUAGUGUCGGUAGCGCUAAUGCUGGAGGCGUAGGAGGAGGAGGAGGAGGCAGCAAGCACAAGCAACCACCGUCCUCGAAUGACGAUGAAGAUGACCGGAAAGGUGAAGCAAACCAGGCGAAGGUAAUGCGUGUUGAAUCGCCGAAAGCAUCCACCACCGAGGAAGCUGACACGUCCAGCAUCAGUUCGAUGAGCAGUAGUGACUGUUCGAGCUCGCAAACCAAUGCUUCGCAAAGUCAAACGAAGGCAGAACAAGACGUUACGGCGGCGCCGUCUUCGAUGGUGUUAGUGAAGUCAACAACUGAUUCAAACGACGUAGUGGCGCCCCGAAUGGGUUCUGCAGCACCAGACACCAUCGGUCUUAUUGCAACCCCAUCGACUUCACGUGGAACGGGUGCCUCGCGUAACCGUGCGGCCGAUCAGCAGUUCGAAUUGAAGAUCAGGCGCUGCCUGCUGUUCAACAAGUUGGUUGAUCUGCUGCCGGAACCACUAUGCCAACCGAAGAAGAAUAUCAGUGAUUUUGUGCUUCUAUAGUGAACCGGGAUUCUUCCGGGUGGAAACUCGUUCAUUUCUGUUGAACUUCGCUUGCUCUCAGCUUUCAUGAUCGACCUGCUCAGUCCCCAAUUACGCUGCUAUCAAUGCUUGUAUUUUAUGAUUAUAUUGUGUAUAAAGUCCUUGUUCCCGUGAAACUACUACCCGUCGACGAUGGCCAACGGAUGGCUAAACUGCCGAUAUGAAUUGACCGUGGAAGGUGGAAGAUAAUUACGACUAACAGCCUUGGUUGGCUCAAGCCACGUUUGGGGUUGAAUUUCGUUUCGUUUAUUGUGUGCGCUCAAUCUUAUGUGAUAUUGGCAGUCCGGAGUAAUGUGCGUCCGUGGACGAAGUAGAGAACUGUAAAGCAAAGCUUGUUUCAGUCUGCAAACAUCGUGAGUGAGUGGAUGCGAUGAAUCGAUACGGAUACGCCACCAGUGUGUGAAAUGGACGAACUGAAACUCGUUUUAAAUGUAUUCUGAUGUGACCAAAAUGUGAAUCCAAAGUAGCAAACACUCAUUUUAACCUCCUUAAUAGCCGCUUCACUCUUCCAUCGGACGAUCGGACAAUCAGUGAUGUUAUUUCAGUGUGUCUGUCGAAUCUUUGUCUCGAGCAAUAAAAUUGUCACAAGAAAACUAGCACCACUCA